AUGACGUAUCGAAUGAGACAGACGUGUCAGGAGCUCGUCGGGAUCUUGCCCGAGGAGGAGUGGUACGAGGCGUACGUGGUGAACGGCGACGCGAACGGCGACGCGAGAACCGCGGUGUGCGAUCGCAAAGGCCAAGCGUGCGAGAGGUAUCCGACGCAAAAGUUCAUCGACGAAGCGUGGGACAAGGAGGAGGAGGAGGAGGAGGAGGCUCCGCGGACGCUGUUCACGUCCAUGCGCGAGCCCGAGAAGAAGAAGAAGCGGAAGAGGAAGCGGUCGAUGCCGAAGGAGCGCGCGGAGGACGACGAGCUAUGA